AUGGCAACGCAACUUGUUCGCCUGCCGGAGGUGGAACGACUCAGUGCGUCCGUGGUGAGGAUCCUGGGCGGGAAUCCAGGAAAGUUUACACUACAAGGAACAAAUACAUACUUGAUUGGCAGUGGGCACCAGCGCAUCCUCAUCGACACAGGCGAGGGCAAGCCAACAUGGGCGGCCCAUCUUCAGUCCCUGCUAUCGGAAGAGAAAGCCACCGUGCACCAGGCCCUGAUUACACACUGGCACGGUGACCACGUCAAUGGCAUUCCGGAUCUGCUCAAGAUCUGUCCCCGCGCGCAAGUCUUCAAGCACCAGCCCGAUGCCGGGCAGACAGAGAUUCAAGACGGGCAGGUAUUUCGCGUCGAGGGUGCGACGCUGACUGCAUUCCAUACUCCCGGACAUACAGAAGACCAUAUGGUAUUUGUAUUGGAUGAGGAGAAUGCACUAUUUACAGGCGAUAAUGUCCUGGGCCACGGCACCGCCGUCUUUGAAGACCUCCACGUCUAUUUAUCCAGCCUGCACCGCAUGCGCGACCGUGUCUCUGGCCGUGGAUAUCCCGGCCACGGUGCCGUGAUCGACAACGCAACGGCCCGUGUCGUCGAGUACAUCAAGCACCGCCAGCAACGGGAGGAUGAGGUGCUGCGUGUCAUGCAGUAUGGGAAGCUCGAUGUCCCUGAGAAUGAGCCCUCGCCCAACCCGAAACGUGGGUGGACGCCAUUACAGCUGGUGCGGGUCAUUUAUCGUGAUAUUCCGGAGAGUCUGCAUUUGCCUGCGUCGCAUGGCGUGUUGCAGGUGCUGCUGAAACUAGAGGCGGAGGGUCGGGUGGUUCAUGACUCGGAUUCGGGGGACUGGACGCUGGCAGGCCAGCGGCCUACAUUAUAA